GCGGGGUGAGGAGCGGAAGUGGUGUGAUGUCACGUCCGGGUCUGGCUCGCUGCGUCUUAUCGUUAGGUCCCGCGACAAGAUGGCGGACUUGUCUCUGGACGAGCUCAUACGGAAGCGCGGUGUAACCGUGAAAGGGAGGCUUAACACAAGGCCAGUGUAUGGAGGUAUAAGAUCUCGCAUUGGGAUCCAACAAAAUCUUCUAAACAGAUCAUCCCCAGCUGUUGGCUUCCAGCGGACAUUUGAUGCCCGACAGAAGAUAGGCCUCACAGAUGCUCGACACAAACUGGGGGUUAAAGAUGCCCGUGAAAAACUGGUUCAAAAGGAUGCUCGGUUUAAAAUCAAAGGGAAGGUACAGGAUGCUCGAGAGAUGUUGAAUUCCCGAAAACAGCAAAAUGUUGCUACUGAAAAGGUGACCAAAGUGGUGGAUGCCAGAGAGAAGAUCACCUUAAAACGAAGCACUCCAGCAGCUAUCAGCCCAACUAUGGGAACAGUGAAUCCAGCCGUGAAAAUCACCAAAACUAUCCAACAGAAGGCUCCAGUUCCUGGACACUCUCAUCCAGCAGGAAUGAGGAUCAAUGUGGUGAACAACCAUACACACAAACAGGGUCUGUAUGACAUGGAAGAAGAUGAUGAAACUGUCUCUCCCCUUGCUAGCAAACAGAUGAAAAUCACCACAACAAACAGUUUCCUGCACAACACGGCUGGGCUGAGUGGCAAUAAAUUCUCUUUGUCCAAGACUGUUCCCCUAACUAAAGUGGUCCAGAAUGAUACAUACACAGCUCUGCCUGCACCUCCCUCUCCUAUGCGAACGAAGGCCUUGGCAAACAUGUCCCGGACCUUGGUGACAAAAGAAGAGCCUCCAAAAGAGCCAGCACCCAUUGAGCUGGCGUUCAGUCCUUUGGAAGGUACCAAGAUGACAGUUAACAAUCUGCAUCCUCGAGUCACAGAGGAAGACAUUGUUGAGUUAUUCUGUGUGUGUGGUGCCCUGAAACGAGCCCGUCUGGUGCACCCUGGAGUGGCUGAGGUAGUAUUUGUGAAGAAAGAAGAUGCUAUCACAGCAUAUAAGAAAUACAACAACAGGUGCUUAGACGGUCAACCAAUGAAAUGCAAUCUUCAUAUGAAUGGGAAUGUGAUCACCUCAGACCAGCCUAUACUGCUCCGAUUGAGCGAUACCCCUUCAGUAAAGAAGGAAGGGGAGCCACGCCGGUCAAGUGCAAGCGCCUCCUCAAAUCCCCCAGCUGAAGUGGACCCUGACACGAUCUUGAAGGCACUCUUCAAAUCUUCAGGGGUCUCUGCCUCUGUGCAGCCCACAGAAUUCAAAAUCAAACUCUGAGAAGGGGGAGCAAGAAGUGGACUGGAAACGUUGGGGAAAGGAAAGUGCAGGAGUACAGAUGUUACUUGCAUUUGCCUGCCUUGAAAUUUUUUGUUUUCUAUGAUCACUACCUUACUGUACAAUAGUGUUCCCUCUUGUGUGUGUACUUUCUGUUUUCAUAGUUGGAGAUUUCUUCCAUGAUUUUUUUUCUUCCCAAAAAAAAUAACCUCCCCCUUCUGCCAGUAAUGUAUUACCAAGCGUAUACCAUGUAACUCCAUCCUUUACUCCAAAGCCCCUAGUGGCCAUUAAAAGUGCACAUAGACUUUGAGGGAAGGAGUGGUGAUCUCCUUCUCUUUUCUUCUGACUCUUAACUAGAAGGUGUAUCCCCUCGGUUAUCAACAAGCAAGAGUAACACAUUAUGUCUGAAAUUGCUGCACUGGGUGCAAAGUCAGGUGUGGCUCUGUACAUGAAGCACUGUUUUGCAUCUUUGACUUGCAUUUGGUGGCAUACUACUUCAUUCUGGCUGUUGGACAUUUUUCUGCUUAGCAGCUGUAACUGCAAAGUGUGAAAACCAGCCUCCUGCUGUGUAUAGCAGCCACCAGAGGCAUAAGGCAGAAAGGACAUAUGCACAAGUGCUCUAUCUGUUGCCCCUACUGGAGGGGGGGUUUAACUCUACAGCAAGGUGGGGGAGUGGGGAAAGGCUCUGGCAUUUGUACAGUGAACAUAUUAGUCCUGUAGAGUCAGAAUCAGUUGCUCUUUUCCCGACUGAAAAAUAAUCAGUCCUGUGUUCAGAGCUAGAAGAAAUCCAAGUGUUUCAUUCCCAUUAGACUUUAUUGCAUCUUCCUGCUGAUGCACGGAUGUGAUUUUUCUUUUUUUUUUUCCCUUGCUU